AAGGCGUUGCCGGGAAACCUUCCGCCUAGAGCUGCGGUGGGACCGGCGGACAUGGCGGCGGCGCGGCUAGCCGUAGCCCUGCUGCUGCUCGCGGCCCAGGUGGCCUGUGAGUUCGGCGUGCUGCGCGCGGUGUCCCAGACAGGUGGCACCCGCGGCAGGGACUACUGCAUCCUCUACAACCCGCAAUGGGCCCACCUGCCACAAGACCUCAACAAAGUGGCUCUCCUGAAGCUCCGAGACUUAAGCUCAACGCAGCUCUGUUCCCCCCUGGACCUUCCUGCAGAGGACUUCACCAACCAAGUCGUGCUGGUGGCCCGGGGCAACUGUACCUUCUACGAGAAAGUGCGGCUGGCCCAGGGCAAUGGAGCCCGUGGGCUGGUGAUAGUCAGCAUUGAGAAGCUGGUCCCUCCAGGAGGCAACAAGACACAGUAUGAGGAGAUCAGCAUCCCCGUGGCCCUGCUUAGCCACAGGGACCUGCAAGACAUCUUCAGGCGCUUUGGCCAUGCAGUGAUGGUGUCGCUGUACGCGCCAAGCGAGCCGGUGAUGGACUACAACAUGGUCAUCAUCUUCCUCAUGGCUGUGGGCACCGUCGCCCUCGGGGGCUACUGGGCUGGCAUCCGCGAUGUGAAGAAAAGGUACAUGAAGCAUAAGCGAGAUGAUGGGCCGGAGAAGCAGGAAGAUGAGGCGGUGGACGUGACGCCGGUCAUGAUCUGCGUGUUUGUUGUCAUGUGCUGCUUCAUGCUUGUGCUGCUCUACUACUUCUACGACAGACUGGUCUACGUGAUCAUCGGCAUCUUCUGCCUGGCCUCCUCUACGGGUCUCUACAGCUGUCUGGCGCCCUGUGUGCGCAGGCUGCCCUUCUGCACGUGCAGGGUCCCCGACAACAACCUGCCGUACUUCCACAAGCGCCCACAGGCCCGCAUGCUGCUGCUGGCACUCUUCUGUGUCACUGUCACCGUAGUGUGGGGUAUCUUCCGCAAUGAGGACCAGUGGGCCUGGGUCCUGCAGGACGCCCUGGGCAUCGCCUUCUGCCUGUACAUGCUGAAGACCAUCCGCCUGCCCACCUUCAAGGCCUGUACGCUGCUGCUGCUGGUGCUCUUCAUCUACGACGUCUUCUUCGUCUUCAUCACGCCCUUCCUGACCAAGAGUGGCAACAGCAUCAUGGUGGAGGUGGCCACCGGGCCCACAAACUCAUCCACCCAGGAGAAGCUGCCCAUGGUGCUAAAGGUGCCCAGGCUGAACACCUCGUCCCUGUCCCUGUGUGACCGGCCCUUCUCCCUCCUGGGCUUUGGAGACAUCUUGGUGCCAGGGCUGCUGGUGGCCUACUGCCACAGGUUUGAUGUCCAGGUACAGUCCCCCAGGAUCUACUUUGUGGCCUGCACCAUCGCCUACGGCCUGGGCCUCCUGGUGACCUUCGUGGCGCUUGUCUUCAUGCAGAGUGGCCAGCCUGCGCUGCUCUACCUGGUCCCCUGCACACUGAUGACCAGCUGCACCGUGGCACUGUGGCGCCGCGAGAUGGGUGCCUUUUGGACGGGCACCGGCUUUGUGAAGGACGGACCUCAGUCUCCAUGGGCCCCCACCAAGGGUCCCGCACCUCCAAGGAACGCAGAUGACGCCCUCUCCCAGCAGCCUCCAAGUGAAGAGCUAGCCAAGAGCCCGCUGCCCACCGAGGAGGCAGCCCUGCCUGAGGAUGCAGACCCUGACAGCCCAGGGGCCAGUACCCCCAACCCCACAAAUGUGGGCCAAGUCCAGCCCAGCCCUGUGGUGCAGCCAGGGACUUCGGCCUAGGAAGAGGAGGCGCGAGAGCUGGGCCCUCGCAGCCUUCCAUGCCACACAGAUGCUGGCCACCUGGGACCUGCAGGGGACAGGGACAGCUGCCACCCACCAGGGUGAACAGACCUGCGCUGUGCCCUUUCUAACAUGGUGCUCAGCCCUCUGAGGCCUCGCGCCCGUCCUCCCUCCCACAGCUGCACCCCAGCACCCAGCUCUGCUUCGCACCAGGCCAAGAGCUUCAUCUGCUGCCCACUCCAUGCAAGGCCGCUGCCUUUGGUGCUUUGCCGAUGCUAGCCCGCUCUGAGGAUGCACCCAGCUGGCCACACCUCCCCCCACAGGACAGGGCUCUCUGGGGCCAGAGCAACAUCCCCGCCAGCCAAACAGGUUUCUGUGUUGGGAGCGGCCAUGAGGGGCCUAAAUGUGGGCACCCUGCCCAAAGGCCCGGGCCGACGCCAGGGUUCAUACCUCUUCAGGAGGUUCCACAUCAAGAUGGAGUUGAGAAUGCUGGCCGGGCGUGGAUGGGUCCACGGCCCAGCAGACUGCCCUCAGCUCGGAUGUGGAAGCCUUCUGCGCCAUGGCCGCAGCUCUCUUCCCUGACGGUGGCUUCUGGACCGGGCAGCUGACCUCUACCUCACCAACCAGGCUCUGGACUCCACGACAGAUCUGCCUGCAGGGAGCCCACCACAAAUGCUGCAUGUCACCGAGGCAGCGGCCACGGUCCCCACACGCUGUGAUGGAACCUGGGACCCAUGUCCACCCACACUUGCAUGGAAAGAGGUGUCUGCCGCAGGGUGGCAGGUGGCGAUAGCUGGGGGUGCUCCUAGAGCUCGGGGGUGAGUGGGAGGGAGGACGUUCCCUAGGCACCCUGUCUGACCAGAAUGGACAGGCACAGGAGCACUGUGGCCCAGCCACCUGCUCUGCCACUCAGACUUAACAAGCCAUUUUGUACUGAGUGUCCAUGCAGUUCUUCCGUCUCUGAGCUGGUCGGAGGAGCUCUGGGCUGUGCCGCCUGAGGGCCCUGGCUUAGGUUGUCAGGGAUUAAACAGCUUUUCAUACUCACCUUGGCCUCCUGUCUUUCCAG